CGAGGAAGAGCUGUUUGAAUCCUGUAAUUAUGAUCAUGACACCUACUGCGGGUGUCCAUAAUAGAAAGGAAGAAGUAGAGCAGCAUAUGAACGGCAACGGAGCAAUAGUUGGCAGCAGAGACAGCUCCAUGGCUCCGUCAGGUGCUGGUAGUGAUGCAGGUUCCGACGGUAGUGAACCGUCGUCUCAAAAUUCAAACCCCUUAUCAGGUAGUAGUUCUCACGUUGACUUGAAUCCUCCAGUUGUGGCCGACCCAACAGCUAAUAAUGGAAAGGGAGAAGUCAUUGUGGUGAAAGUGGGAACCUCUACUAUUAUGAGAGGAGAAGAAGAGGAAGGUGACAUAGCCCUAAGUACUCUAGCUCUGUUAGUGGAUACUCUUGUAGCUUUGAGGAAGGCCGGUUUUCAUGUCGUCUUGGUAACUUCUGGAGCUGUUGGACUUGGUUGCAAGCGUCUGGGCUUGAAGAAGAAACCAGAGUCGUUGGCAGGUCGACAAGCCAUGGCCGCUAUAGGCCAGUCUUCUCUGAUGAGAACUUACGAAGAACUAUUUGGAUACGCAAACCAGCAUGUCGCACAGCAGAUUCUAUUGGCAAGAGGAGAUGUUGCAAAGAGCCAUCAGUAUUUUAACGCUCGUAAUACACUCUUUGAGUUAUUACGACUGGGUGUCAUUCCUAUCGUGAAUGAAAAUGACACCAUAGCAACAGAAGAGUUGAGAUUUGGUGAUAAUGAUAGAUUGUCAGCGAUGGUUGCAGGUUUGCUUGAUGCCAAGUGGCUAUUUCUUCUCACAGAUGUCGAUCAAAUGUAUACAGCAGACCCGCGCUCUGAUCCCUCUGCAGCACCCAUUGAUGUCGUCGAAGACAUAGAGUCACUUAUGGUCAACACUGGUGGUGAUGGGAAAGGCGGCACUCAGUGGGGUACAGGUGGAAUGGGGACAAAAGUUACUGCAGCACGUUUGGCAACUGCUGCAGAGGUUACUGUCUGUAUUAUGAACGGAGCAAAACCUGAGAAUAUUCUGAAUUUUGUUCUACCCCAUAAGGGUAAAGCUGUUGGCACUGUCUUUCUUCCUCAGAAAAAAGUAAUUCGUGGAGGAAGAAAGCGUUGGAUUGCACAUGGGCUGAAACCAACCGGUACCAUCUACGUAGACAGUGGUGCAGAGAAAGCAAUUCUUAGAAAGAAGUCUCUUUUUGCUGCUGGAAUUAUUAGAGUAGAAGGAGAAUUUGAUGCCGAGGCUUGUGUACAUGUUUGCAACUCUAGUGGAGAAGAAAUUGCCCGAGGUCUUGUAAAUUAUUCGCAUGAAGAAAUUGAGAAGGUGAAGGGUUUACACAGUGAUGUUCUUUUGGAAGUUUUGGGUUACGAAGGUCCUGAAGAAAUCAUUCAUCGACACAAUUUGGUGGAUGUGCCAUCAGGUUGCAAUGACUAAGAAUUUUUUUUGUAGUUUUAUAUGUGUGCAAUAUAUAGCAUUUCGUAUUUUUAUGUGGAAGCUAUUUUUUUGUUUGUCGAAAUGGCUAAUAAUUUUGUUGCUUUGUUGCGCGCUGCGUUUUUUUUGUGAAACAGUGUUCAGUUGAAGAAAUAUAUAUUUUAUAGUACUUGAUAUCUUGAAGUUUUAGUUUUCUUGUGCAUUGACGGCAGUAUCACGCAGUCUAACUUGGAAUCUCUCCAUUCUAUUUAUUUUACAUUCUGUAUACAUGUUAUAAAACUGUUGAACUAGUGUCAAUGAUGUUCUGA